GUGGCCAAAAACACACACCCACUUCCUUAAGGUAGGACUGGGUCUUGGUAUAAAAACCCAGCUGGCCCAAGAUCCACACCAAAAGCAAGAGGCUCAUACCUUGAACUACUCUGCAUUGCAGGUGAGUGCAGCCUCCUCUGAAGAUGAGCUCCUAUCAGCAGAAGCAGACCACCAUCCCACCCCCUCAACUGGAGCAGCACCAGGUGAAGCAGCCUUGCCAGCCUCCACCUCAGCAGCCUCCAGUGCCCUGUGUGCCUGACGACAUCAGCGAUCCUGGCCAGACCAAGGUGCCCCUGCCUGGCAUCAAGGUCCCCCUGCCACAAGAGCCUGUCCACCCCCAAAUCCCUCAUCCUGUUGACCCCCUGCCUGGCAUCAAGGUCCCCCUGCCACAGGAGCCUUUUAACCCCCAAGUCCCCCAUCCAGUUGACCCCCUGCCUGGCAUCAAGGUCCCCCUGCCACAGCCUAUCAAGCCCCAAGUCCCCCAUCCUGUGGACCCCCACCCUGGCAUCAAGGUCCCCCUGCCACCACAGCCUGUCAACCCCCAAGUCCCCCACCCUGGCACCAAGGUUCCAGUGCCACCCACUCCAGUGGUCACUCCAGGACCAGGGCAGCAGAAGACCAAGCAGAAGUGACAUGGUCCACAGCCACCAUUGCAGCUGGCCACCCCUUGAUGAUAACCACCUUCUCCUCUGUCUGUGCUGUGUAGAACUUGCCAUCCCCUUGAGUCAGAGGGUCUUUCUUAUUUGCAUCUUAAGUAGAUGUGCUUUGAAGUUUCUUGUUCUCCUCGCUUUGGAGUUCCCAGAGACCUCUGAAUUGAGUAGAGACUCUUAGUCAUGGCCUUCAGCUACUCACUAUUCAUCUGCAGAGGGAUCUGGGUUGGUAAGAAAUGCAUGUUUCCUGCUCUGUCCUCAUUAAAUCCCUUUUAAACUCA